AUGACAGAUGCAGGGGGCGUUUUCGACUUGGAUGGGGACCCAGAAGGCGCGGAGGGACACGAGGGAGGUUCCAGCCUCCAAGCCGUCCUCGCCGCGAGCCGCCAACGAGCGGAGGCGAAGAGCGCGCAGGAGCUACAGCUCGAACUGGAGGCCGUCAGGUUGAGGUUGCUGAGGCGGAGCCAGAUCAUCGAUGCCCUUCGGUCGGCCUAUGUCCGAGACGUCGUCAUCGUCAAGAAUGAGCUCAUGCGCAAGUCCGCCAUGACUGACGAGGAAUACGUCGCUCAGGGAGGGCCGGGCACGGACAUCACCGACGCCAUCCCCAGCCUGGACAUGCGCCCGGUGCUUGCCCUGUUUUCCCCGGAGGAUGCGUUCCUAAGGAUAGAGUCGUGCACGGGCUGCGGAGGGCAUCUGGAGAUCGUAACCAAGGAAACCAAACGGGUCGCAAGGCUAACCAAGCGAAUAAGCGACCUGAACGAGGCGAUGGGUGAAACCGCCAAAGAAGCAGCACAACUCAGGGCCGAGCUGAUACUAACGAGGCACCGUGUGAAGGAGCUAGACGAGAGGAACAUAGUCAACAGAGAUACCCUCGUGGCCAAGCUUGAACAGACGCAGAGGACUUGCGAGGCGGACGUGCUUGCGCUCAAGGAGGACGCGCGCCGAUCCGACCGUGCGUGGGAGGCAAAGAUGGCGCGAAAGGACGAGCAACUCACAGUGAUUCCCGCGCUUAUCAAGGAGAGGGACAAGUUGCGCGAGGAAUUGGACCAGGAGAUAUCCUCCAGAGAACAGGAUCAGCACCGCAAGGACGUCGAAAUCGCCACGCUCAAGGCGAAGGUGGCCCACUUGGAGUCGUCCGCGGAAGCCGACGCAAAGCGAAUCCUGGAAGCCCGAAGCAAGACCGAAGAUACCCAGCGCCGCCUCAACAACGAGAAGGCGGAGCACGCCGCCACGGCCGGGCUGCUGCUGGAGGAGGAAGGCAAGUACGAGCGGUGCCGGUCCCGGCUGGAGACAAGCCAGGAGCACCUGGCAGACCUGAACGAGCGGUUCAACGAGAUGCGGGCGGAGGUUGAGGCUUCCGCGGAAAACGCCGAAGAGGAGGCGGGCGAGGCAAGCGACGCGCUGGCGGCGGCCAAGGUAGAGAUACAGAGGCUCCGGACGGUGCUGGGCACGAGCGACGCCGCGGCGGCCCUGGAAGCCGCAACGCUCAAGAUUUCCACCCUUUCGGAAGAGCUUCACGCGGCAAGGUCCGAGGCUCGAGAGGCAAAUGAUGCGCUCCAGGAAGACCGAGAGAAACUCAAAGGCGCCCAGGCGGAGCUGGACAAGUCGAAAUCGCUCCGCUUGUCCAAGGCGUCCAUGCUCUCUGACAGAGGCCGGCAGAGUUCCGAUGGAGGACUGAGCUGGGCCGGGUCCUUCAUUGAACCGUUUGACGACGACGAGUUGUUGUACGAAGGGGAGAGGCAGGGUCGGAUGUCGUCGGCUAUGGCGCCGGGAGGAAGAAAAUUCGAGCAGGGGAAGUGGGCGGUCGAGAAGUGGAUAGCUUUGGUCAGGUUCCGCAAGGCCGUGGACGCGCAUAACGCGGAGGUGACGCGUCUCCGUACGCUCCUGCGGAUUGCGCAGGGGGGAGACGAACGGUCCCGCCUGGAGUCGGAGCUCGAGGUCAUGUCCAGCAACCACAGCCUCGAGGACAUGGAAGAUGCCAUGCACAAGGAGGUGGCGGCCCUGAAGUUGCAAGCGGCAGGCCAGUCGGACGGAGGUUCGGAAAGGAACCGGGCGAGGAGCUCGGCCGGCCUUGAUGGCGCCGCGUGGGAGGCAAAGCUAGCCGAAAGCGCGGAGGCCCAGCGCCUCGAGUCCGAGCGGCAACUCGCCGACCUGGCGGCACUCCACGAACAAACCGUCGAGGGGCUCCGGUUGGAGCUGAGCACGGAGAGGGAGAAUGUCGAGAGGUUGGAGUCGGAGGCCGAGGAGUCGAAGGAAAAGCUGAAGAGGCUGGCCAAGCUGGAGAAGAACGAGAAGGGGCACAACGCCAUGACGGAGGAGCUCAAGAAGAUGGAGGAAGAGACGGGAAUUCGCGUUGGAUUCGAUUCCUCGUUGGAGUUCAACACGGUGGAGGGCGAUUUGAGCAAGGAAGACGAGGCUCGUCUGAUCGAAGAGCUCGACAACGCUCGGGACGAGAUCAAGAACAUCAAGAUGAGGCAGGCCAUGGUGACGCACGAGCUGCUGGGCAACAUCAAGGUCGCGAACGCGGAAGUCGAGAUGCUCAAGGUGGCGCUGGCCGACAUGACCGCGCAGCGUGACGCCCGCAUGGACAUGGGCACCCUGGCCGGGAUGGGUUCCAAAAAGUCCGGGAUGAACCCGGAGGAGUUCCAGUCCCUCAAGGAGGAGGCGAAACUCCAAAAGAAGAAGAACGCCUCCCUGAAGACAGAGUUGGAGGAGACCUCCAAGGCGCUGUUGAUGCUACUGGAGGAGCUACGAAACGGCCGAGAUGGAGGCGCGAACGACCGCAAGGGCGGCGGUAGAGAAGGAGAAGGGGAUAGGGGCGGGGGUAAAUCUCGCACCCCGGAUGAAGAGGAAAAGGAGGCGGAGCUGGAGAAAAGGCGGCAGGAGAGAGCCGCGCAAGCCGAGGCGAAGAAACAAUUGGCGGAGGCGGAGCAGAAGGAGCUGGAGGAGUUCAAAGAGGCGUGCUUGUUGCCCCAGACGGAGGGAGUCGCAUUUGCGGCGGACAAGCUAGCAGCCGUGCAAGCCAGCGUGAAAGAGCAGUUCAAGGAUGUGUUCCUGGAACUGAAGGAGGCGCUCGAGGCCCACAAGAAGUUCGUAUUGAGGACGAGGGUAGAGGCGAGGGAGAUCACCGGAAAGAUGAACGCCCUCGAGACGGAGCUGGACAGGCUGCGGGGGCUGCACCACUCCACCCAGGAGGAGCUGCGCGGGAGAAGUGCUGUUUUGGCGCAGACCCAACAGGACCUGAGCGCGGAAAGGAGCGCUUUGGCAGCUACCCGCAAGGAGCUCGCCGCAGCUCAGGCCGAAGCGCGGGGAAAUUAUUACUUCAAGGAGAAAUUCAAGCCCCAGCUGAUCACGUGCCGCUUGAUCUUGUCUUGCUGA